AUGGCUUACCAGUUCUUUGCAAGGAAUCAGUCAAGGACAGCGACUACUUCAGCUUCGCUGUCUCCCCCACCGGCGAACCGCCACGCCUCCCGGCCUCCAAUCCACCCCCCUCCAGUCCAACCGCCGCAAUCAGCUGUCGCAAGCGCGUCCGGGCUCAAACGCCCAAAAGAAGAGAGCUUUGAUCCAUAUCUUCAUGAGAUUCCAGCGGGUACUGCGACCCCACACCCGCAUAUAACGGUUGAGAAAGUCAACACGGCGCAUAUCCCUUCUUUGACGCGGAUCACGGGCCUACUCCUUCCAAUCCGCUACCCAAACUCGUUCUAUACGGCUAUCAUAACUGAUCCAGUGAUCGCUUCUCUUUCGCGGGUUGCUAUUUACCAUGAUCAUCCUGUUGCUGCGGCCCCAAAGUCCGGUGCAUCUGCUGGAACGGACAAAGUGAUCGGGGGCAUCCGGUGUCGGCUAGAGAGAAUCCAACAGCCAGGUGACUCGGGUCAUGAUAACCAAACCCAAGGCAACGGAGAACCCACAAAUCUCUACAUCCAGACUUUGCAUCUCCUCUCUCCUUAUAGAGGUGAGGGCGUGGCGACGUCGCUGUUGAAUUCACUCCUAUUUGCGUCGCCGCCAAACCGCAAGACAAAGGACUCAUACCGUGUAUCUGAGCUUGUCAAGCACUAUAACAUUCGCUCUGUGACAGCACAUGUUCAUGAGGCAAAUGAUGAAGGUCUAGAGUGGUAUAUUGCGCGUGGAUUUAGGGUUGACGGUGAUGUAGCCGAAUAUUAUCGGCGACUGAAGCCGUCGGGCGCGAAAAUUGUGCGCCUAGAUUUGGACUGGAACACAGAAGUUGGAGAGCAAGUUCAGAAAGAAAGUAACCCCCAGACGACCGCUUCUUGUGGUGAACAGGAAGAUGAAGACUGGGAGAAGGUAGAGGUGGAGGAUGGCAAUGAAGGUGACCAUGGAAUACAGCAUUUGAACGAGUCACAAGUUCUUGAAAAACAGGACAUGUUCUCGCGCAAGCGCAAAGCUGAAGAUGACAGCCAGAAGCCCUAG